UAACCAGGCAAUCAUUGUUCGGUCUGUCAAUCCAGAUCAUGCUAAAUCCAUGAUAUCUUCUAAAAUUCCAUCUAUUCCAUUAAAAACAAAAAAGGACUUUCAGAAAAUGGAGACGGUUUUAGCAGCUAAUCGCAUCAAUUAUGAAUCUGUGCGAGAUCUGCUUUAUUCUAAAUGUGGCAGUUUUGGUACAUCUUCUACUCCCUCAGAACGUAGUGUCACAGGGAACAUUUUGUCCAAAUUGAUCUCAAAUGAUCUUGCCAAAUUAAUAAGUUGGAGUGGAUCAGAAGGCGAUAAGAUAAAAUUUUCUGAAACACAACUAUGUGAAGUUGUAUUUGGUGCAGUUAAAUUACGUUUUCCUGAUAGCUUUCUUAUUAAAGCUGAAGCAAAAAUCAAGCGUUGGUUUCAAACUGCAAAUGGAAGGAAAGUUAAUGAGUCGCAAAAUUCUGAUGCCUAAUAAAACCAUCUCUGGCUGUACGAUUGUAUUAUGUAUACCGUUUGACAUUGUUGUGCCAUUGUAAGGUGUACUUUUCAACUUUUGCUUUUUCGUACCGCAACAGCCAUGCUUCUUUUUGUUAGCUAUCGUCAUUACUGUAACCCGAAUCUGAACUACACGAACAGUUUAUAAGGUCUACGACCCCUCUGAUGCCUGAAGUAUAUUAUAAGUAAAGUACAUAUCUAGU